GGGCCAGGACAGGGACGGGAGCGCAGGUCCUGGCGGAACACCCUGGAGGACGGAGGGUCAGGGAGGAGCCCCUGAAAGGGGGUUUUAAGGAGUAGUCAGCCCCCUCCCAUGGCACCCCUGGAAUGUGCUUGUGGCGGAGCCAGACAUGCCCCAGGGGACAGCCGCUAAUCUUCCAGAACCCGCAGCCUCAAAGGCUGGCUGGUGGUGUCGGUUUUGGAACAUGCAUCCUUCUCUCCUCCUGGCUGCCCUGUGCUUGGGAACAACCACAGCUGCUCCAGAAGCCGACCAGAGCUCAGAUGCGCGCUGGUCCCGGUGGAAGGCGGCGCACGGGAAGCUGUAUGACGAGAAUGAAGAAGGAUGGAGGAGAGCAGUGUGGGCAAAGAAUAUGCAAAUGAUUGAACGGCACAAUCAGGAAUACAGCCAAGGGAAACACAGCUUCGCGAUGGCAAUGAACGCCUUUGGUGACCUGACCAGUGAAGAAUUCAGGCAGGUGAUGAAUGGUCUUAAAAUCCAGACGCGCAAGGAGGGGAACGUGUUCCAAGCACCUCCCUUUGCUGAGACCCCCUCCUCUGUGGACUGGAGAGAGAAAGGCUACGUAACCCCUGUGAAGAAUCAGAUGUUCCGGAAAACUGGCAAACUCGUGUCACUGAGUGAGCAGAACCUGCUGGACUGCUCUCGGUCUCAAGGCAAUGAGGGCUGCCGUGGAGGCCUGAUGGAUUAUGCCUUCCAGUAUGUGAAGGACAACGGAGGCCUGGACUCGGAGGAAUCCUAUCCAUACUGUGCACAGGACGGAUCCUGCGAAUACAAGCCUGGACAGUCUGUCGCCAGUGACACUGGCUUCAUGGACAGCCGUCAGGAUGAGGGGUCCCUUAUGGUGGCAGUGGCAACUGUGGGGCCCAUCUCUGCUGCGAUCGAUGCUAGCCUGGAUACCUUCCAGUUCUAUCAUAAGGGCAUUUAUUAUGAUCCAAACUGCAGCAGCGAAGACCUGGAUGACGGUAUUCUGGUGGUUGGCUAUGGCUCUCAAGGAGAAGAACCCAAGAACCAAAAAUACUGGAUUGUCAAGAACAGCUGGGGCACGGACUGGGGCAUGCAGGGCUACAUACUGAUGGCCAAAGACCGGGACAACCACUGUGGAAUCGCUACCUCAGCCAGUUUUCCCAUUGUGUGAGCUGAAGGUAUAAAGAAGACCUUGACUGGGGACAGAAUAUGCAGAAGAGGAAUUUUAUCUUACAACUGAUCAUACUUUAUUGUGUGGGAUAAAACACUCGAACCACUGGAGAUCCAACUUGUGAUCUGAUUCUGUGACUUCUUUAAUUGCUGCUUUGAACAGCUUUGUGUGAUUGACUUGUCCAAGAACUUUUGAAUUUUUAUAUCUUAUACUGAUGUAUAAAGUUUUAAAAUAAAACCGUUUCAAAGUAGAA